AUGGCAUCAAAUGUCCAAAGUGUUUGUUAUUAUCUCUUGAUGAUUACAUGGAUGUCGCUGCUGGUGCUACAGAAUCACCAUUUGGUUGAUUCCGCAACGCCGGAAGAGGAAAAGAAAGCCCUUUACACUCUCUUCCAAAAUACCAAACACAAACCAGAAGUUAAUUGGACUGCUGACACACCCAACGUUUGCAAUUGGGUCGGAGUCACCUGCUACGACACUAACCAGGUCAAGUAUCUUAUGUUCCCACAAAAAGGUUUCAUUGGUCAGAUCGAAGAUAAAACCAUCGGUUUAUUGAGUAACAUUCGAGUACUGAGUCUCCCGAACAAUGGUUUCUUGGGCACUCUUCCAUCGGACUUUUCAAACCUACAACUGCUGAGGACACUAAUCCUGCGGAACAACAAAUUUUCUGGGAAUUUUCCCAUUGUAAUCACCCAGUUAAAGCGGUUGAAAUUCGUAGAUCUAGCAGGAAAUAGCUUUUUCGGAAAGAUUCCAUGUGAAAUCCAAAAUAUGACCAGUCUCCUAUACCUACGACUCGAUAACAAUAAUUUUACAGGUAUUCUACCUGGACUUCAUCUCCGUAACUCGGCUAAUUUCAGUGUGGCAAACAACAACAUCACUGGGACUGUUCCCACCACCCUCUCCCACUUGCCAGUCCAAGCCUUCACCGGAAACCCUCUAAUGUGUGGCAAGCCUCAAUCGUUGCAGUUUCCAUCGCCAUCGCCGUCUCCGUCGUCUCCGUCGUCUCCGUCUCCAUCGCCGUCUCCGUCUCCCUCGCCAUCGCCAUGCAUCUCUAUCAGGCCGUCGUACUGCCCUGCCUUAAUGUCCUCUCAUCGGAAUCAUCCCAAGGUCACCACCACCCUUCCAACGUCGGGAGGACCUGCCGCUCUACAUACUCGACAUUAUUAUUAUAAUAUAUGUUUUGAAGUUGAUUACUUGAAAUUGCAGGAACAAUUCUCCACAUUAAACCAGGUGGCCUAA